GCUCAGCAGCGGUGCCGUCCUCGGCGAGGCGGCGGCGGGCGGGCGGUGCUGACAUGGGGCCGUUGCCGUUCGCGUGCCGCGGGGAGGUGGUGAGGGGCUUCGGCAGGGGCUCCCGCCAGCUGGGCGUCCCUACGGCUAACUUUUCUGAUCAAGUAGUCGAAAGCUUUCCAUCCGAUAUCCCUACUGGUGUAUACUAUGGAUGGGCCUCUGUUGGAAAUGGAGAUGUGCAUAAAAUGGUUUUGAGCAUAGGAUGGAAUCCUUUCUAUAAGAAUAUUAAGAAAUCAGUGGAAACUCACGUUAUCCAUAAUUUCAAAGAAGACUUUUAUGGAGAAAUUCUUAGUGUAGUCAUUAUUGGAUAUAUUCGAUCAGAAAAAAACUUUAACUCUUUAGAGGCACUCAUUUCAGCAAUUAAGGAAGACAUUGAAGAGGCAAAAAGACAACUAGAUUUACCAGAACAUCUUAAACUCAAAGACAAUUUCUUUCAUCUGCUAGAAGGGAAAAUAGUAAACCACUGAGAAAAACUUUUUUGUUUUUUCUCUCAUGGACCUCGUUUCUUUGCCUGGCCAUGUAUCAUUUGAUAUAUGACAUAGACCUGUACUAGGUCUUCAUGGGAUGAAGUUAAUUUUCUUUGUAACAGCUUGUAUUGUGCUGUGUUUUUGAUUUGUGACCUAACGCCCUAAAGUUUUAUCUGUUCCGGAACAGUGUUUGCACAGUGUCAAGGCCUUCUGUUUCUCACUCUGCCCCCCCAGUGCAUCCACUGGGGCUGCGCAAGAAUUCGGGAGGGGACACAACCAGUCAGAUGAUGCAAACUAACCAAAGAGAUAUUGCAUACCAUGCAGUGUUGUGCUUUACCAUAAAAUGGAGGGAGGGUGGAGAUUCAGGUAGGUUAGCCAUCUUUUGCUUGGGUACUGGCUGGACAUUGGCCUACCUGUGGGAGGCAGUGAGUGAUUAACUUCACAUCAUUUCAUUUCUUUUUCUUAUUCCACUUCUUUCCUUAUUAAAUUGUCUCGACCCAUGAAUUUUCUUGCUUUUGCUUCUCCUUUCCUCCUCCUCUUCGCACUUAACAGCAGUAGGUGGAAGUGAACGAGUGUCUGUGUGGUGCUUAGCUGCCUGUUGGGGUUAGCCCACAACUGCCUGUUUGGGUGAUUGUGAUCAGACCUGAACACUAAAACCACACAAGAUUUAAGUUUUCUUGUGUUGAAUGGUCACUGAACUAGUCAUGCAAAAGGAGAAGGCUAUUGUAGUAGGUCCUUAUAGAUAAAUUGUUAACCCAUUAUUAUAAGUCAUUUAGAGAUCUUAGCCCAUGUGGAGCAUGACCAGAGUUAAUUACCUCUACUGCCCCUAAGGUGUGAAGAGUUAAAAACAUCAAAGAAGAUUGUCAGUUUUCACAUAAAGAAUAUCACUCUAAAUUUAUUUCCCAAAUUUAUGUCUUUGUGUCUGGCUUUUAGCUAGCAGCUUCGAAAUACGUAAUAUUGAGACAAAUGUUGACCUCUUGUGCCUGAAGCCAUUGAUUCUGUAACAGUAACAAGAAUGAUUCACAAUUGCUCUUAUUUUUUGAUAUGCUAUAUAUCUGUCAUAGUUGAAAUUAUUUAUUGUAGCCUUAAUUGAAAUAGAGGAAGUCUUUCUGUUACUCACUGAGUUACUGGAAUAUGAAAUAAAAGCUUCUGCCUAGUUGAAUGUACAUGUGGCAAUGGAUGACACGCUUAGUUUUCUUCUGAGGAAGUGUUUCACUAAAGUUCAGAGAAUGAAUGACAGAUGGUUGAUUUAUGUCAAAGGUUUCAGGCUUAAAGGGUAAAGAACCAGUUUAACAAUAUUUCUAAGGCAGGGAAGGGAACCAAAGGCAACUGCAUUUUAGUUGCUGUCGGUAGCUACUUUAGAUAAGGAGAACUCUUGGAUUCAUUAUACUGACAGUGAUAGGGUGGGCUUAAAAGCUGAGGUUAGAAUGUAAGGCACAGGAAAGUCCCUUUAACCCUCUCUGUUAAGUGCAGGUAUAAUCCAAACUUUUCACUGUUGAUCAGUGAAAGUCUUUGGAGAUUCGUAGACUACUGUAUGAACGUUUCAGUAGGUACUCAGUACUUAUUACAAGUCAUGGUGGCCUUUCCCACUCUGAAAUGUUUGCACAAGCAAGUAAGUGCAGGGUAUGUUGUCAAAAUUGUCUGUAACUUGGAAAAAAUCUGUUAACACAUACACUUACUUUGAAGCGCACACUGUAUUUGGAAGCCUGUGCUUCUAGAUCUACUUCCCCCACUCUCUAGCACAACUUUCUGAAUUUCUUCCUUGUCCCACCUUACUUUGAUCCUGUAUUUCAUUCUAACAUUUCAGAGAGCUUGCAUGAAGUAGACUUAGGAAUUCUCUGCUAGAACCCUGUCAGCGUGCCAGGGUUCUAGUUCCACUUCAUAGUAUUUAAAUUUCAGCCAGUAUCCUGGGAUAUUUUGGAAAAGACCUUGAGCAAGUCAAGGAAUCUUUAUAGCUGUGUAGGACUUAAGCAGAAGCUUCAUCAUUAAAAGGAAUUGCUCAUCAGUCCUGCUCAUGGCAAGGUAGAAGGGACACACCUCCUGAGGGAGGAAAGAAUGAUUUCCAUAAAAGCACUUACUGCAAUAAACAAAGCAGCAUUCAGGCCUAUGUUGCUAAGGUUGUUUAUAAAUUUAACUCUCCAAAGACACUGACAAUUUUGUCUUAGCUGUUGCCUGGACGUUUUCAGCGCACUUUAACCUUCUUAGGAGGAAAACAUUAAAAAAAAAAAUCUGCUGUCAGAAAUGCUUUUCUUAUUAAAAAAAAGAAAAACAAACAACAACAUAGAUUUACUGUAUUGCAUGUUGGAAAUCUCUACAAGAAUUGUCUUGAAAGUGAUAGUUGUUUUGUGUUUUUUUUUUCCACUUUAAAAUAGAGAUGUGAUGGGGGAGAAUUUUUUUUCCACAUAUAGGAAGAAAUUUUUGAGUUCGUAACAAUGCCAAGGUCUUAUUUUACGUUUUACGUUCUGCAGGAACAAAUAGUAGCCAUGCUAAUCAGUGAAAUGUGUUGUCAAGAACAUAAAGAAUAAAUCUUUUUUCACUGUAGUAUUAUAGCUAAGCUCAUAGCUGCCUUUAAUUUACUUUUUUUUUGCCACUGAUUUUUUGUGUUUAUGGUGGAAACCGUGGUGCCUUAAGCUGGUUGUCUUAGUAACACUAUUCUGUAAGUGAUAAUGAGUGCUACUGUACAAAAUUCAUUUCAUCAUUUGCUUUCAGAGAGCAGUCCCAAAAGGAAAGUUUGAGAAACUUAAGUUGCUCGCAGCUCUCACUUAAAGUAUGAAGAAUGUUAACAGUAAACUAGUGAACUGGUCUUUGCACAUUUGUCUUCGUGUUAGAGAAAAUGUAAUUGCAUUCAUUUGGUUGAAUAUAUAUAUCCAUGCAUUAUUUAAGAUCAAAUGUUGUAUUCCUGUUCAAUACAUGAUCUCCAAUACUGUAUAUACCUUAUGAAGGGUUAUAUUUUUCCACUGUGUGCAAAAAACUAUUUAAAUUUAUGUUGUAGCACUGUACUAUUAAUAAAAGAAUGUAAUUAAGAAUCUUGUAAUGCUGCUUAUCACAGAUGUUCUGAUUGAUUGUAUUGUGAUGCAAAUCAUUUCUGCAUAUUCUUUAGCAUAUACUGAAAGAGGUGCUGCAGAGCUCUUUCAUUAUGCUCCUUAAACUUCUUCCAGGGUCAAGGGGGGAAAAAUGUUCAUCUUGCUUAUAGGCUUGCUGCUACAAUAUUUAUGUUUGAGAUGUUUGCGGUUUUUAUAUAUAAGGUAAUACACGAGCACCAAGUGAAACAUAAGGAUCACUGAAAUUGUUGGAGUUCAAGCAAUACAAGUAUUUCUGUAGCUUCAAAUACUUUUUUUUUUAAUAAAGCCUUUUUUUUUCCUGCAUUUUAAAUUGA